AGGUUACUUUGAAAAAAUUGGGUACCAGACAAUGAUCGACAUGACGGCGUCUAGAUUUAAGCACAGCUGGUAGUACUGUGUUAAAACUGGCUCACUACCAGCAUAGCGGGGCACGCAUCCCAAUAUCAUACCUUUUACAUUUCCUACCUUAGACCUGCAUACGCACUGACGCACACGUGUAGCGUGUGCGUAUGUGCUUUGUCAGCUGUCGCAUACACACCAUGAGAUUCCUGGGACUUACCCAGUCAUUUCCCAAAUCGCUCACAGUGACGCCUCCGCUGCCGCUCGUUUAUCGAUCAUCCUUUUCAUCCAUGUCCAUUGCCACAUGGUUCCUAGUUAUACUGGCGACUGCAGCGAUAGAUACUCCCGCUAGCACUGCUCCACCGAUACAGGAAAAUAGAUCACCGCAUAUACUGGCGCAGUUUCCAGCGGAGAAUGGACAGCGAUACGGACAUUUUCCCUUGGAGGCUAAUGCGACCAGAGAGGGAGCUUUGAGAUUUAAUCAUCUCGCCAUAGAUCCUUCUAUGGGAAGGCUCUAUGUGGGCGCAAUCAACAGGCUCUUUCAACUUGAUUCAAAUCUCAAAUUGGAAGAGCAUGUCUCAACAGGACCAAGAAUGGAUAAUCCACAGUGUCAUGCAACAGGUUGCAUGGCAAGGGAUAUAACUACUUCUUUAAUGGAUAAUGUGAACAAGCUACUAAUCGCCGAUCUCGAGUCGCAGAUGUUAAUCGCCUGCGGCUCUCUUCUCCAAGGUGCUUGCGAAAAAUACAAAAUGUCCAACAUAUCCGUUAAGCCGGAGUUUAUCCCUCUCAGCGUGGCCGCCAACGACGAAAACUCGUCCACAUACGCUUUUAUCGGGCCCGAGAAAUACAAUCCAUGGGGACAAACGAACAUACUCUACGUGGGAACGACAUUUACCAAUAAAGGGGAUUAUCGUCACGACGUGCCCGCUAUCUCCAGUAGGAAUCUCGACAAGCUGGAUUUCGCCGAGUACACGUUCAACAAACAAUCGAUUGUGUACAUCGACGUCAAGUAUCGGGAUCAUUUUCUCGUGAAAUACGUGUACGGUUUCAACGCGAGCGAUUACGCGUAUUUUGUUCUGGUGCAGAAGCAAUCGUAUCUGCCCGAACAGGAGGAACUGGGAUAUAUCUCCAGGCUAGCACGAAGUUGCAUAAGCGAUCCGAAUUACGACAGUUACACGGAAGUAACUCUGCAGUGUACGGUCGACUUGGGGGAUGGAAAGCAGCAUUAUUACAACUUGAUACAGGACGCGAAGGUCGCCGCAGCGGGCAGCGACCUGGCCAUGCAACUCGGCAUCUCCGUGGGCGAUCCGGUAUUCGUUACCGUGUUUUCGCCCAGUAGAGGCAUCACGAACGAGGCUCUAUCACGUUCGGCAGUUUGUAUAUACAGUCUGCAAGACAUCGAAACCAAGUUCAACGAAAAUAUUCACAUGUGUUUCAACGGUAGCAUCAAGUAUCGAAAUAUGGGUUACGUCAGCGGUCCUAUACAAGACGGAAAGUGUCCUACUGCCGGUACUACAGGAAACAUUCUCAACUUUUGCGAGGUUGGACUGAAAAUUUCGGGCGUUUCACCAAUCACGGGCCAGGCUAUCUUGCAUUUUCCUGAUACGUUCAUCUCUUCGAUAACCAUCGCCAAUACCGAAAGCCACACUGUAGCAUUUUUCGGAACGAAUGAUGGCAUUCUCAAGAAGGUUUUAUUAUCUGGAACUGAAGCAUUCGUCUACGAAAGUGUUACGAUCGACAAGGGACAAAAGCUAUUGCCAGAUACACUGAUUUCACCGGAUGGCGAUUAUAUCUACGUAUUGUCCACUUCGAAGAUAUCAAAGGUCAAAGUGGAGCAUUGUAGUGGUUAUACUAAUUGUAGCAGUUGCCUUGAUGCAAAAGAUCCUUACUGUGGCUGGUGCUCUUUGGAAAAGAGGUGUACGGUGAGAGGAGAUUGUCAGAAAGCAAGUCAUAGUAGUCCACGAUGGUUGUCCUUGGGUACAGGUCAACAAUGCAUCGAUUUUGAGCAAGUGCUACCCGAUCGUAUGCCUAUUAAUCAGAUGACCACGGUGCAAUUAACAAUCAGAACUUUGCCGGAAUUACCAGCGGGCGCUAAUUACAAGUGCGUUUUUGGUAACGCCGAGCCAAUAGACGCGCUGAUGACUGGUUUCGGAUUGUCUUGCCCAACGCCACCCGUUGGGGAGAGACCCAGUAUUCCCGAGGGCGCCGAUCAUGCGCUUGUGCCGUUGUCUGUGCGAUCGAGCGAGACGAACAAAGAUUUCGUCUCGCGUAACUUUGCGUUUUUCGAUUGUUCGAGACAUACCGUGUGCACCGAAUGCGUAAAGUCCCAAUGGGCGUGCAGCUGGUGCGUCUAUGACAACAAAUGCACUCAUAAUACUAGUUGUCAAGGCAUUAUAUCGGGAGAAAAUCAAAACCAGAUCAACCUUGCUCCGCAAGGCGCACGGCACUGUCCGAGAUUCGUAGAACGCAAGGAGCCAUUGAUGCUGCCGAACAGUGUGCCGAAGGAGAUAGUGCUCGAGGUAGAAAACCUGCCUCAUCCGCAGGUAGGCCAUAGCGGAUUCCAAUGUAUCGUCAGUAUCGAGGGCGCCAAUCUGAAGGUACAAGCUCGUGUGGACAGUAGUCGUCUCAUCGUGUGCGACAAGACGGUAUACUCAUACGAAGCGGUCACUGGUGAAUACGAGGCCGAGGUGACAGUUGUCUGGAACACAAAUCACCACGUAGACAAGACCACGAUAAUUUUGUACAAGUGCGAGGUGCUCGGUUCGCAUCGUGAACACGCGGACUGUUCCCUGUGCGUGACGCGGGACGCUCGAUUCGAAUGCACUUGGUGCGGAAACAGCUGCGUGUAUCGACACUCGUGUCUACAGUCGCCGUUUACCGAGUGUCCAAAACCUCGGAUAGAUAUGAUCAAGCCAUUGAGCGGUCCGGUGGAGGGCGGCACGCUAGUGACCAUAGAGGGCAGCAAUCUUGGGUUGAAGGAGAGCGACGUGGAGGGUAAGAUACACAUCGGUAACACUCCGUGUACACUGGUAGAUUAUGAAGUGUCGGUGCGUAUCGUCUGUCGCACCGGUCGGCACGAGGCUACAGACGCGGCAUCCGUUGUGGUUGGGAACGACGCCGGUUACACGGAGAGCGCAGUGUUAUUCAAUUAUAAGGACAUACGCCUGACAGGCGUGUAUCCAUCAGUUGGACCGCAGAGCGGCGGCACGCAGUUGGCUAUCACCGGUAAGUAUCUAAAUAUUGGCAGCGCGAUAUCGGCAUAUCUCGAUGAGCUGCCAUGUCAGGUAAACGCGACCCAAGCGAGCAGCACGAGGCUGACUUGUGUGACAAGCAAAUCGGGCCGCGUCAGGCGGAUUCACAGACUAACGUUGAAUAUCGAUGGUGCGAAUCGCACCCUCGUGGACAAUCCAUAUAAUUACACUCACGAUCCGACUAUUAUGGAAAUUAAACCCCUGAGGAGCUUUGCCUCGGGCGGCCGUAUGAUCACCGUGCAUGGGACGAAUUUGGACACUAUUCAGAAACCCGAGAUGGAAGUAUACUUUGACAACGAGCCGUUGCCGGUGAAUAGAACCGUUUGCACCGUCCUGAAUCCCACGCAAAUGGAGUGUCCGAGUCCGAGCGUCACCAGGAGAUUUACAUCGAUCCGACGUAACGAACGUUCGGCGGUCGCCAAUGCCCAAGGCACUUCGUCGCCGCAAUCAUUAAGACUGAAGGAGUCCCAGCUGUCUCUCAAGAUCGCCUUCAUCAUGGAUAACGUGGAAAGUGUGAGAGACUUGGAGAAGCACUUUCAGAGUCUCCGUAAUCGGUUGUUCUACGUCGAGGAUCCGAAAUUUUUCCCAUUUCCACGGAACGUUAAACUAUAUAAGGGUGACACACUAGUGAUUGAGGGCGAGAAUCUCAACUAUGCCAGCGACGAAUCCGAUGUGAAUGUCACUGUAGGCAUUAUGCCGUGUAACGUGACGUCGCUCGCUCUCACACAACUGGUUUGCACGCCACCGGAUCAACAGCCCGCCGACACGGACGAGCACGGCAUCAAGACUGACAGCGGAUUGCCAUUGGUAGUAGUACGAGUAGGUCGCAGUUUACGUUUUCCCAUCGGUUAUCUGCGCUACGAGGUCAUUAAGUCAUAUCCGAUACCCCCGGAAGCGAUCGCCGGCAUCGCCGCUGGCACGUUUGGUCUCAUCUUUCUAUUUGUACUGGUAUUGGUCAUCUAUCGCCGUAAAAGUACUCAAGCGGAGCGCGAGUAUAAGCGCAUACAGAUACAAAUGGACACGCUCGAGAGCAAUGUCCGGAUGGAGUGCAAGCAAGCAUUCGCAGAACUGCAAACGGACAUGACAGACUUGACUGCAGAUCUCGAAUCGUCAGGCAUACCCACUCUCGACCAUAAAAAUUACAUCAUGAAAGUGUUCUUCCCUGGAGUGAUAGAUCAUCCCAUAUUGAACGAUCCGCGAUCGCGUAGCAACGUCUCACGUACCAACUAUGACGCGGCGAUGAUACAAUUUGAGCAACUCGUCAACAAUAAAUACUUUGUGCUGACAUUUAUAGAGACCUUGGAAGCGCAGAAAGACUUUAAUAUCAGAGACAAAGUAAACGUCGCCUCCUUGCUCAUGGUAGUCCUAAUGGGAAAGAUGGAAUACGCCACGGAUAUCCUGAUGAAUCUAUUAUUGAGAUUGAUUGACAAAGCGGUGAACACGAAGCAUCCGCAGCUUAUGUUAAGGCGAACGGAAUCUGUGGUAGAGAAGAUGCUAACAAAUUGGAUGGCGCUUUGCAUGUAUAACUACCUGAAGGACUACGCCGGCUCAUCCUUAUUUUUGCUCUUUAAAGCGAUCAAACAUCAGAUCGAGAAAGGACCGGUGGAUGUAAUUACACACGAUGCAAGAUAUUCUCUCUCGGAGGAGAGACUCUUGCGUGAGCAGAUCGAGCACACGAUCGUCACGUUGCACGUGGUGCAGGACGAUCUAGAUGAAAAGAUACAGUGCAAGGUUUUGGAUUGCGAUACUAUAAGCCAAGUAAAGUCCAAGAUCCUUGACGCGCUAUAUAAGAAUACUCCGUUUUCGCUGAGGCCGUCCGUACAUGACGUUGAUCUAGAGUGGCGGCACGGUCGUGGUGGUCAUUUGACCCUCCAAGACGAAGAUCUCACGACCAAGGGCUGCGGCGAGUGGAAGAAGAUAAAUACAUUGGCACAUUACGGUGUCAAAGAGUCGGCGGUGAUGUCGCUGAUCCCUCGGCAGAACGACGGUUUCUUAGUGGCGUGCAAACCGCCCUGCCAAAAUUGCAAGCCCUCGCACUAUCAUCCACAACAGCAGCCGUCGAAUCAUCCGCAUCAUCCACCGUCGCAUCAUCUACAUCGACAUUCGAAUCACUGUUCGUCCACGCAUCUUCCAUCCACACCCAAUCACGGGUUGAUCAGUCCCGUGAUGUACAAUCAUCCCGUGAGCGGCCUAUACUUUGACUCUCAGCACUCACCGCCCAUCAUAACGGCGAACGGUGAUGUUGAGAGCGGCCAUGGCGGUAAUCAGCGGCUGUACCAUCUGGUCAGGCCUAUCGAGGACGUGCAUUAUCCUCCCGGUUUAGGCUUCAACAGUAGCAGCAAGCAUCACCAUCCCGAGAGAACGCACAAGGCGAUUCCGGAGAUAUUCCUUACGCGAUUGCUCUCGACCAAGGGCACUGUACAAAAAUUCGUCGAUGAUUUUCUAAACACUAUACUGACCGCCAACGAGGCGCUGCCAAGCGCGGUCAAGUGGUUGUUCGAUCUUCUCGACGAGGCGGCCAAGCAGCACGGUAUUAUCGAUCCAGAAGUGCCGCACGCGUGGAAGUCGAACAGCCUGCCGCUCCGAUUCUGGGUAAAUUUCAUUAAGAAUCCGGACUUUAUGUUCGACAUCAACAAAUCCACGACAGUGGACUCGAGUCUCUCCGUGAUCGCGCAAACGUUCAUGGACUCGUGCUCGAUGACGGAACACAGACUGGGCAAGGACUCGCCGUCUAACAAGCUGCUCUUCGCCAAGGACAUACCACACUAUCGCGAGAAAGUGGGUCGAUUUUACACGGAUGUGCAGAGACUGCCGCAGAUCACCGACCAGGAGAUGUCUAGUGCCAUGCAGCAAUUGAGCGCGUCUCACGCCAACGAGUUCGAUGUGAUCGCGGCGCUAAAAGAGCUCUACAUUUAUGUCAGCAAGUAUUAUGAACAAAUCCUAGAGGCCUUGGAGACAGAUACGGGCUGUCGCAAACUACACCUAGCUCAUAGACUAGAAAAUGUAGCGUACACGCUCGAGGGAGAAGAGACCAGUGCCUGCUGACAUACCCUCCUCACUUCCAUCCCAGGACCCGUCAACCUCUCCAGAAACACUGACUAGUGCCUCCACUUCAUGCAUCAGAUACACCUCGUUACAUAUGUACAAAUAUUACACAAAUACAACACACCGUGUGAAUAACAAUGCCGUAAAAAGAGAUACACGCGAUUUCGUUAGGGCUAGUCAGGCGAUAGGUCACGGGAUUAUAGACACAGUCCUCGUGGUAGUAUUUUACCGUCUUUACGUGUUGGCCAUACCGAAAUACGCUUGUAAACAUGUAUGGAUAUUAGUACGGCAAUAUGUACGCGCCUCUGAUCCUUCAAUUACGACGCUGGACAGAUGCCUAUUGUGAAUCUCUCUAGAAAUCGAAUAAGGUAGUAUUUAUAUAUUAAUCUCUCAUCGAAUUCGAAUCUCAAUUCGUAGAAUUUGCGAACGAUUGUUGUUAUCGUAGUGAGAGAUAAUUUAGUUCUAAGUAAUUAAAUUAUUUUUAUCGUCUACUUUAUUUUUCAUGAUGUUGUUACGUUUACAACAUCAGUCUCGGCGUUUUUCUCCUGUCGGGACUCUUUUGAGGAUCUGAGACGUGGAUCGGUGCAAAUACUUUUAGGGAAGAAAUUUAAAGUGUAAAUUUUACGGUCGAUCUGAUAUCUAUACGUGUGUACGCAAAUACGGAACACAUAAAGUAAAAGUAACAUGUCUAAUGGUAAGUGAGAGAAAGCCAUAGUGUCCACCAGACUGUCUGUACGGGAGCAACGUACGGCAGCGAGUAGUCUGUGAUCCGAGCACGAGUGGCUAUGCCUAUUAUAUCUUCAUUAUGAUAUAUAUAAUUAUUAAUAUGUUAUAUAUAUACACAUGAAAAAAAUAUAUAUAAAGCAAAGAAUCAUGCGCGACACACCUCCAUGGAUUGUAGUGAGCUAGUUAGAGAGGGACUAUAUGUAUUAUAAAUUAAGGGUUACGCACCCUUAUAAUUCACAGAGACAGAGUAACAGAUAAUAUUAAAUUAAGGCGAUUAAAGUAAUGCGCGUUAAAAAAAAAAUUAAAGUUAAAAAUUAUAUAAGAGCAGCUCAGUCUACUCUAGGCCUAUCCACGUAUAUCGUAUAUACGUUAAACAAAUCUUUUUCUCUUAAUUUUAUCUCUUUUGCUUCUAUCUCUUUCUCUGUAUGCCAUACACAAAUACUGUACUGUACAUGGUAAAGUGCUAUCAUGUUUUAGAAAGAUCAUUUUGUGAAGCAUUUUUCUAAUAACUUUAUCUCUUCUUUGUACGUAUUAUUAUAUUAUUAUAUGUUAUUAUUAUUAUUAUUAUUAUUAUUAUUAUUAUCAUCGGUUAUUUUAUAUUAUUAUUUCUUUAUUAUUGUCCAUAUAUAUACAUAUAAAUAUUAAUGCUGCCCAUUAAUUAUUACUAUAUUGUUAGAAAUAACGAAUGACAGAUGCAAAACGAAACAGAUCUUUUUUAGAUUACCGACGCAAAAAUAUUAUAAACUGUUUUGAUCAUGUUAUAGAGAAAGAAUUUUGUAUUUGGCCGAGAUUUAUGUGCUAUUAUUGUAAUAAUAGUCGUAUGUAUCGCAGACACUCGUCGUGGCACAACGACACACACACACAAACACACAUACACAGUAUUUUUUGAACAAUCGUAACUUGCUUAUUUUUAAUUAAUAUAUAAGACUGGUAGAAUUUUUUUAAUACGUUUUUUUUUUUCCUUUUCCUUUUUUUACGAAUCUCUCGAUAUUGCGUAACAUCAGUGGACAAUUAUUAUAUUUGUCACGCACACACUGCCAAGUUUUUCCACAAACUGUCGAUCCGUUCAGCCAAUAUAAGCUCGUCGUUCAAUCGAGGCGCAACAAACCUUGAUCGACGAGUCAUCGACGUAGGUUCAGGGAGGCUGGGGACGUGCUCAUACUCUUGUACUUAAUAAUGCCGUCGUGUAAUUUCAAUUAUAUACUCUAGGUCCCCAGGCUCCCCGUCAUUCGCGAUCAUCAGCAACCUAUGUAUCUCUCUAUUAAUAUGUAUAUUGUAUUUAUUUAUAUUACACGAGGAAUAAAUUGUAACUCGAUCGCGUAUGUACGUCAAUCUGUAAGUUUUUAAAUUUUAUUACGUAUCUCUUUGUAUCGAAUUGUAUGAAUAUUAUAUGUCUGUGUAUGUCUGUUCGCUUUUUUAUGCAAGUAUAUGUGUCUCUCGGUAUGCGUGCCAUCUGUUUCGACGCGGUAAGGAAUUUGUUCGCUCGAGAUUUUUUUUUUUCUUAAAAAUAGAACGCGAUAUAGUUUAAUUAUCUAUUCUUAGAGAAUUAUGGUAGAUCUUGUGUACGUGCAAUGUUAUUAAUUAAAUUUAUUUAAAUUCAAUUUAAAGAAAGAAUGACGCUUUGCUCUCUUACUAUGAGAUUCACGCGAAGCGAACAUAUUUAAUACCGCUUGAUACAGUCUUCCCCGGAUGAGAUCGAACGGAGAUUUGAUUUGAACUGAAUUUUCAUAUUAAUUAUCGUGCAACGUUUCGUAUGUAUUUUUUACAUAUGUAGUUUAACGUUUGUAGAGAUGCCAUGUUUUCGUCCGCGAACUCGAGAUAUUCAAAACCAAUUACAGAUACAUAAUACCUACUUAUAUAUAUAUAUACAUUUUAUUCACAAAGAGAUUAUAUUUCCAUUGAAAUUUAGUAUAUGCAAAUUGGAACGUUCAUACAAUUAAGCUAACCGGAAUUUCGAACCGGUAUCGAAAUCCGUGCAAACACAGGAUAACGAAAGUACAUUUAUAUAAGUAUAUGAUUAAAAAUUGUACGGAUGGGAUAAUGUGUAACGGGUUUACACUUUGCUCGUCCCUGCGUUGAAAGUAUCGUAAUUCUCUCUUUUCGGUUUCUACCAGUACACUCUAACAAUGUAAGCCGACAUUCUUAUUUGAUAAAAACUUGUAAUUAAGAAUUAUAUACAUAUAUGUAUAAACUGAGAGAAGAGCGCGUUAACUCAAAAUAUAGCAGCUGCAAUAUGUCAUCAGUGAUAGCGAGUAUAUUACAAAUGACUUAAUCGACAUGUAAGCACUGCCGUUAACGUUGUUUUGGAGGAAAUGCACAACGAUAGAAAAAAAUUGCCGUCGCUACACGCCCUACAAACGUCCUCCGUUCCCUUAACGCGAGGGAAGGAAUAGAGAAUAUGUAUUUAUAUAUAUAUAUUGCACCUUUUGAUUUUUCCUUUAUCACUGCCGUGAUUUUGCAUUUAAGAAACAAGACUUUCACCGAGCCACUGUAUUACUGUGUUGUAAUAGUGUGUUCUGCAACGCGAGUAAACUCUUUGUACGUUCCCUCAUAAAGGAGAACCAAAAAACGGCUGACUUAAAGCUGUACGCAAGAAUAUUUAACUUUAUCCCGUAUUCUAAUCGCGCAGGUGUAUCGUUAAAUGCGUUUACCCGAGAGCUUAUCAGUAUGUUGAUAUCUGGUGCAAUUUAUUUAAUUAUGCGCGGUGAGAAUACGGGUGUUUUUUUUUUCUUUUUUUUUUUUCCUUUGCGUUUGAAGAAUAUUAUGCCGUGCAGAUUGACGUACAUGGGAACACACACGUGCGCACAUAUUCGUAUAUACAAAUGUACACAUACAUCACACGUCGUUAUUAUCGGGUGCCAGUGGGCCUCCAGACAAGCGCAAGAUGUUUUUCUUUUCCAUAAAAUUCAGUUGGAAGAUACUCGUGCGAUAUGUAAAUUAUAUCGAGCAACGUUCGAGUUUGAUCCAAUAGAAUCCAUAUAUUAGCGUCUCGCUAUACUUUACGAACGUACAAGUGCUUGCGACUCUGCCGCGUUAAAUCGGAGAGAAAAAUAGAUUUAAAAAGAUAUUUCGUAUUCAUUUUUCCCUGUUCUCGUAUUACACAAUUUUUAUAUAUAUAUGUAUAUGUUAGAAGCGCGAAUAAGGUAGAAAUAAAUGAAUAAAAUGUGCGUGUACACCGCUAUGUCGAGAGAAGUGAUAUAUGAUAAAAUAUCGAGAGACGCUAUUUCUGUAAACGUCCGCUGAAUUUUUUAUCGAGAUAACGAUUAAAGAGACCGCGCGUGAGUAUUUAAAAUGUUUACAAUAUCCGGAAUAUACGCAGCAGAGUUUUCCGAGCAAAUUGUACAGUCGAAAGUCGACUCCAUCCAAUCUGAAAAGCUUGUCAAUUCUGCAUUCAACGUAUGUGAUUAUAACGCAACGGACUGAGAGAGAGGUGAUUCUCGCGAGGCGAUUAGUGUGUCAUGCUUCGUAGUUUAUAGAGAUAAAUCUCAACAUCGUGUCUCGAGUUAAGAUUACUUCUUGUUAAGCUUCGAGAAGAGAAAAUGGGGGAGGGGGAGAGGGAAUGAUCCCGAUAAUUUUCCUAGUUUAAAAAUAUUUCUCUUGUAUAUUUUCGAUCGUCGCUACUUCCGGAGGUACGAUUUAAUGGACUUUUUAUCCGGCAAUCAUUGCGAGCAAUAUAUAAUUGCUGAGAGCAAUAAUUGAGCUACCAAUGCCGUCUUGGUUUCGUUAGCGUUUUCGGAAAUAUAUCUUCCUGGUAGCAUACUUUGUGAAGAAUCAUGGAAAAAGAAAGUAAUAUUAAUUAUAUUAUACGGUAUUAUAUUGACAUUAAACUUGAUCGCCAUUAAAUGUACCUUGGGGGAAAGCGUCUGUCCUCUAUUCAUUAAGAUGCGUGCAAUACGCUUAUUUCAAGCGUAUUAUAUCGUAUCUGUAUCCAUUUGUGUGUGUGCGUGUAUGUAUGUGUAUGUGCAAUUGCAACUCCUCGCGAGUAGCUCUCUUCCCCUCUCCAUUGUACAUAGUAUUUCAGCCCAAUUCCUCCCCCCAUCCCGCGCACGAGUAGACUUUAAGCGACACUCGAGAAAACGAAAUGAUUCUUGCCAAAUUUUCAAUGGGACGUAGGGACAAAACGAUUAAUUGCAUUAAAAAAAAAAAAA